AUCCACGUGCAGUUUACUAAACGUAAACAACAACAGAAAAAUUGCUGAAACUAUUAUUGACCUGUCUAUUAGAUUUAUUUUCUUGUUGAAGACGCUUCCAUUAUGUUGGGUGUAAUCAUAAGUGUGGUAGCAAGUCAGAUCAUUGGAGCCAUAUGGUAUUCCACCUACUUCCUUGGCAAACCAUGGAUGAGCAACAACUAUCCUGGGAAGUCUUCAGAACAGAUUAGCAGAGAAGGCAAUUUUCCAGUUGCAAUUGGUGUUUGUGUUGUUGGACAGGCUUGUCUUGCUUUGGUUCUCCAUUACAUACUACUGUCUUAUCUUGGAAUAUCUGGUGUAGAAGCUGCCAUCAGAAUCGGUGUUGGACUUGGAGUUCUGGUAACCGUUAGUGACAUCCCACACUGUUUGUUUUCCUGUAGAUCAGUCAUAGUUUUCAUCAUUGACCAUUUGUAUGACACAGCCGUCUUUGUUGCAAUGUGUGCCUCCAUUGUACAUUUUGGAUGAACAUAUGUUCAGGAGUUUGUUGAUAUUUGUAAUCUGUUUAUGCUAUAUGUUUAUUAUAGCUGUAGUUUUAUGACUGAUAGAAACAAUUAAUCAAGUAUCCAUAUUCUUAGUGCCAUAGAUAUCAUGUAGAAAUCCAUCCAUUCAGAUGUUAGUUUUUUCAUUGUAUGGUGGGAUUUUUGUUAUUGUAGUUGAAAUGUUGUGUUUUGUGUUGU